AUGCCGCGGCUUGCUGCCUGUCAAAACGCAGUGGAAGCUGAGUUGCGACAACGUUGGUGCGUCGAGUUCGCCAUCGAGGAAGCAAAUGCGAUUGCAUUGAAACGACGUGUGGCCGAAUUGGAAGGACUUGUCCAUGCGUCUGAUGCUUUGGUCACCAAGGCUAUUGCAGCCAAAGCUGAAGUUGAAUCCAAGCUAAUUCAGCAAUGCGUGGCGCUGUUGAACACGAAGAAGGUCGAGAUCCAACGACUUCAAACAUUCUCCAAGAGCCCCAGUCAUCGACAACACAUCGCAUCUCCACCUGCCUCCGACGAAGAGUCGACAGAAUUGUCAGGAAACGAUGGAGACGACGUGGCAGAAGUCGCCAGCCAAGCCUAUAGCCAAGUUCCAGUGCCGCAAACUCAUUUGAGUGCCAAACAAGUGCUAAACAGCAGCGACGACGACUUCUUAGACAUGCUCUAG